UCUGUCUCAGAACGGACAUCCUGAUAAGGCCAUCAGAGUAUACUAGCGCGUUAAUACUGCCACCAUUACGGUAAUGUCGGAGAAGCCACGCCUCCGCUGUGUAAUCCUCCAUGGACGAUGAGGAGCUCCUCGCCGCUCUCCAUCAUCAUCUGCAGAAAAAUGCGAGCGGGGAGCGGUAACAAAAUGUCAACUCGGGCCGCUCUCCCUCACUCGCAGACAUGAGCGGAGUCCCGUCUACCUCUUCCACCCGCAACAAGUCGCUCUCGCCAUGCGGAUCCACGGCAAAAUAGUUGUGAUCGCCGUGUGUUUUGGAGUUUUCCUACUUUUGUACUUUUUGGGGGGCAACGCUGCGGACGAUCCGCUGUUGAAAGAAGUUGUUGAGGAAGAGGAGGAGGAGGACGGCAACUCUUCCCGAUCGCUCUCGGAGCUCGGGCGCGAUGUUGUUGCGGCAAAGUUUGCUAAGAAACCAGCCGCUGGAGUCGGCGCGCGUACGGAGGAGCUUCUCAGGAGACGAAAAGCGGAGAGAGCGAUCAACAGAGGGGCCAGCGUGAAUGCAAAGAGUAAUGUGGCCCAGCCAAUGACCAGGCGCCCACGGGCAGAGGAGGUCAUGCACCUGGCUGUGGUGGCCUGUGGGAAUCGUCUAGACGAGACCCUCGCCAUGGUCAAAUCAGCCCUCCUGUUCAGCCUCAAGAGGAUCAUGUUUCACAUUUUUGCAGAGGACCCUUUGGCUCCUCAGUUUGAAGAAAGGCUGAACCGGUGGCCUCGCUCUGUCUCAGCCAAGUUCCAGUACAGUAUCUACCCCAUCACUUUCUCUGUGGGGAACGCCGACGAGUGGAAGAAGCUCUUCAAGCCCUGUGCUGCUCAAAGACUCUUCCUCCCUAUCAUUCUGAAAGACGUGGACUCAUUACUCUAUGUAGACACUGAUGUACUGUUCCUACGGCCCAUGGAUGACAUCUGGAGUCUCCUCAAGUCCUUCAACAGCACCCAGCUGGCAGCAAUGGCCCCAGAGCACGAGGUCCCAAAAAUUGGCUGGUACAGCCGCUUUGCCCGCCACCCUUACUAUGGAGUCACAGGGCUCAACUCUGGUGUCAUGCUGAUGAAUCUGACUAGGAUCCGCAGCACAAUGUUCAAAAACAGUAUGAUCCCCAGUGGCUUGUCGUGGGAGGAUCUUCUUCAUCCACUCUAUCAGAAGUACAAGAACCACAUCACCUGGGGAGAUCAGGACCUCCUCAACAUUAUCUUCCACUACAACCCAGAGUGUCUCUUCACCUUUCCCUGCCAAUGGAACUACAGGCCAGAUCACUGCAUGUACGGGAGUAACUGUAAAGGGGCUGAAGACAAGGGCGUGUCCAUCCUCCAUGGCAACCGUGGAGUGUAUCACGAUGACAAACAGCCGGCGUUCAAAGUAGUCUAUGAUGCAAUACGUGAGUUUCACUUUGAGGACAACAUGUUCCAGUCGCUGUUCUACCCCAUGCAGACCAAGUUCCUGGACACAGUCAAUACCCUGUGUGGUCGGAUUCCUCAAGUCUUCCUCAAGCAGAUAGAAAAGACCAUGAGGAAGGUGUAUGAGGAGAAAGUGAUCCGACACGUUAGACCGCACAAGUAACUGAUGGAGAAAUUGACUCUCUGUUUUUAUCUGACAACACAGAGGACCAUCUUGUUGUGGAUUAUGUGUCAUAGCAGCAACUCUCAGACUGAACUGUCACUUCUGCAUUUGCAGUGUACACAGCACAUAAUAUUUUCCAGAAAGGACUCAAGAACAUGAUGAUCAUCUAGUGAUGGUAUGGGUAAUAAUGCUUAUGUAUACAGAGGAGCAUACAGUGCUGGUCAGUGAUGCUGUAGAAUAGAUUUGCCUUAUUGCUGUUUUAUACCUUUCAUGCCCCAAUCAUGUACCGUAAUGAAAUGUUGGAAAGCUACAGUGGACAUGAAUUCUUUUUUUUUUCUUUUUUAAGAAUUAUGAAAGUAUCAGCUCUUCAUCUCAAUUGUAGGCUAAAAAUGAAGUUGAAAGCCUAUUUGUGUCACAUGGAGCCUUUAACAAAAGUAUCUACCUUCCUUUUUUCCUUUGUGAACAUGGUAUACACUAAACAAAAUCAACCUUGGACUUUGAAAAGCUUUACUGCUUGACGUAGUAGAUUCAUAAACCACUCCUGUAAAAUCUUGUGAAUGUUUUAACAGCAAAAAAUGUGAGCCUUUGUGAAUGAGAAGAGUUGCCAAAUGCCACUGACAGUAUUAAAUGCAGCACAAUAGACGAAUCACGGACUUUUAUGUUACAUGCCGAAUGUUAAAAUGCACUUUCAGAAUGAUAUUAAGACUGGAUGGUUGUUUGUACACAACCUGUCCACAUUAGAUGCUACACAAACCAAAAGUGCUAGCAUUUAAAGACAGUGACACACUACAGCUGAUUAUGUGCCAUACAAAUAUUCAUGUCUACCAUGUUUACUAUUACAUGAAAAUGAGUGGUAUAGACGUGUGUGUGUUUGAGAUCUUCGUUUGUAAUAUGAUGUAUGGUCUGUUGUGAACAAAUGGGUCAUAUGUUUUAGCAGCAUUACUUUCAAUGUGGUGUAAUGAUCCACUGAAAAUGGCUGUACAGUCAACGUGUGUUUCUAAAUAAAUCAAUGCAAUGU